GGGGGGGGGUUUUGAGCUGAAAUAGUGGGGCAAGCGUUGCACGACCGUGUCCCCGUCUAAAAAGCCUAAAAGCGGGGCUGAUAAAAAAGCAGAGGGGAUGACUCUGGAGUCCAUGAUGGCUUGCUGCCUGAGCGAAGAGGCGAAGGAGUCGAAACGAAUCAAUGCAGAAAUUGACAAACAACUCCGCCGAGACAAGAGGGACUCCAGACGAGAGCUGAAACUACUACUUCUCGGUACGGGAGAAAGUGGCAAGAGCACAUUCAUCAAGCAGAUGAGGAUCAUUCACGGAGCGGGGUACUCAGACGAAGACAAGAGAGGCUUCAUUCGGCUUGUUUACCAAAACAUCUUCACCUCCAUGCAGUCCAUGAUCCGCGCCACUGAGACCCUCAAGAUCCCCUACAAAUUUGAGCAGAACCGGUCUAAUGCCAUGCUUGUGAAGGAGGUGGACAUCGAGAAGAUCAACGGCUUCGACCAGCACUACAUCGUAGCUGUCAAAUGCCUGUGGUCCGACCCCGGGAUCCAGGAGGCCUAUGACCGCCGCAGAGAGUACCAGCUCUCUGACUCCACUAAAUAUUACCUUAGCGAUAUAGACCGUGUGACUGCGGAGGGAUACGUUCCCACCCAGCAGGAUGUGCUGAGGGUCCGUGUUCCCACCACGGGUAUAAUAGAGUACCCAUUUGACCUGGAGAACGUCAUUUUCAGUUAUCUUUCCGAUCUGGAUCGUAUUGCAGAUCCCAACUAUCUUCCAACUCAGCAGGAUGUGCUCAGGGUGCGCAUCCCCACUACAGGAAUCAUAGAGUACCCGUUCGACUUGCAAAGCAUCAUUUUCAGAAUGGUUGAUGUCGGGGGUCAGAGGUCAGAGAGGAGAAAGUGGAUUCACUGCUUUGAGAACGUCACCUCCAUUAUGUUCCUCGUGGCGCUGAGCGAGUACGACCAGGUCCUGGUAGAGUCCGACAAUGAGAAUCGCAUGGAGGAGAGUAAAGCUCUCUUCAGGACGAUCAUCACCUACCCCUGGUUCCAAAACUCCUCCGUCAUCCUCUUCCUGAACAAGAAGGACCUGCUAGAGGAGAAGAUCUCCUACUCUCACCUGGUGGACUACUUCCCUGAGUUUGAUGGUCCCCAGAGAGAUGCACAAGCAGCGCGGGAGUUCAUCCUCAAGAUGUUUGUGGACUUAAACCCAGACAGCGACAAGAUCAUCUACUCCCACUUCACGUGUGCGACGGACACUGAGAACAUCCGCUUUGUGUUUGCAGCUGUCAAAGACACCAUCCUACAGCUCAACCUCAAGGAGUACAAUCUGGUGUGAGGCUUCUCGUAUGACACCCGUCUCCUGCCCAUUGCACAACUGUUCACCUCCUCCGGGAGCGUGCGCCCAACUCCACACGCAUCACACAGCACAUCAUGCCGGCUCACACACAAACACACACACACAAUCACACCAACAGAGCCCUUCAUGCCCCCCUCCAGUACUAUACAUUCACAAAUCGUCCCACCUGUAAACUCCUCCCCCCUCUUUCACCAAAGCUCCUCCUUCCUCCUUCGCUCGGCAGCUUGUUGUGUCAGAAUCCUCCUCGCUCCCCCCCCCCCCCCCCAAAAAAAAAAAGCAGCUCCGUGUCAGAUUUGGCUCCGGCUGCUGCUGGCUCUGGCACAUUUCAUCUGGCACACAAACCUUUCACACGGGCUGUAUGGUGACUUAAAGGGACUUUGUUGUAUUUGUGUGUGUGUGUGUGUGUGUGUGUGUGUGUGUGUGUGUUUUUGGAGCAGCAUUGACUAGCGAGGAGCUGUGUUUUGGUGACUAGCGGCAUCUAACCCCUUUGGCUCUCAGGAGUUGACCCUCAGCGGUGUGAGAUCAGAUCCUCGGUCGUGUCCUUGUUGAACUCAAGUCCAAGUGAAGGGAGGGGGGGAGGGGGAGUGGAAUUGGUACCUUCUGAAACCAAUCACGGACCAGCGAGCAGCAUCAUGCUUCUAAGGACAGAGUGACCCAUACAGGAAGCGAGGUCGACACUGGAUACGGGGGGGGGGGGGGGGGGGCUGAGGAUUCUGUCUCUACCUGGCAUCUAUGAAUGUACCCACCAGUGUGAGCAUCGCAAUCGCAAAAAAAAAAUAUAAAUAUAUAUUAUGAAGUAAAUGCAUAUGUAAACACACUUAAGAUAAAAAGCACGAGAUGGCAAGACAUAGCUAAUCGAAAUCUGUUAAUUGCUGAGAUUUUUAAAAUGUUUUUAACGAUAGAAAUUUGUUGCUACAUCUACUUCUAUUUAACAAAUAAUGGCUAAAAGGAACGGAGAUCAGAAGUGGUAAGAAAAUCUUUAAAAAAAACACUACACUUUGAUUCUUUGCAAAACAAAGACAUCUGAAAA